CGUGGGGAGAUCGAGGGGAGAGAGGGGCCUACUGUCCUAGCUCGGGUCCAAAGGCCGGAGAAUCGACGGAGGGAGAUUUUUCCUCUUUUGUGCGCUUGGAUCUUUGAGCUUCUUCCAUGGCUUUCCUCUUUCGGAAAUUUCAAGAGGCAGUGAAAACUCUGGCAAGGAGUCCAGCAUUUGCUCGGGAUCCGAGGCAUCUCCAGUUUGAAGCUGAUGUUAAUCGCUUGUUCCUUUACACGAGCUAUAAUCGUUUGGGAGCGAACGUGGAGGAGAAAGAUGCAGAUGAGAUCAUUGAAAUGGCAAAUAAAGCCUCUCUUUCUGAUCAACAAAAGCAGGUUCAAGAAAACAUACAUUUUCAAGUGAAAGACAUAUGUGGGUUAAUGGAUGAGAUUCUUUGCCCUGAUGUGACAGGCACUCCAAAUAUUGGUCCUGCUGUUUCGAAUACCCAAAAUGCCCCUCGUCGUAGUGGCCUUGGUUUGGCAGUUGGCAGAACAACAUCAAUCCCUCAACCCGAACAGUUCCCUGAAACACGACCAUUAACAUGCAAGCAAUUGUCUCAACACUUGAAGGAUCGCAUGGGUUACACUCUCGACAUCAAGCCAUCACAAAUUCCUCACAAGGAAGCUGGCAAUGGCCUAUUCAUAAAUGGCGAGGCCAAUGUCGGUUCUGUUAUAGCCAUCUACCCUGGUGUAAUAUACUCACCAGCUUAUUAUCGAUAUAUCCCUGGAUACCCAAGAGUCGACGCCACCAACUCGUAUUUGAUAACGAGAUAUGAUGGCACUGUAAUCAAUGCACGACCUUGGGGAUUUGGUGGUGAAAAUCGAGAGCUAUGGGAUGGCUCCUACGAGUUAGAAUAUAGCACGACCCCAUCAGACGAUAUCAAGCAAGGUUCCGAUCAGUUUUGGAAAAUGCUGAGUAAGCCAGUGGAGAGCGAUGGGAGGAGAUUCGGUGAGCUUCUUGAGCGUAGAAAUCCUCUUGCAUUUGGUCAUUUUGCGAACCAUCCGCCAAAGGGAGCAGAGCCAAAUGUAAUGGUGUGUCCUUAUGAUUUUCCAGUGUCAGAGUCAGAUAUGAGAGUUUAUAUUCCUAAUUUAGUGUUUGGAGGGCAAGAGAGCGUCAGAAUGAAGAGAUUUGGGAGUUUUUGGUUUCGAUCUGGGGGUUUAGCUACUGGCGAGGAAAGUGGUGCAGUUAUUAAGGCGCUUGUGUUGGUAUCGACAAGGGCUAUUGAAGAUGAAGAGGUUUUGUUGAAUUAUAGGUUGAGCAAUUCUAAGAGACGGCCGUCAUGGUAUUUUCCAGUUGACGAAGAAGAAGAUCGCCGGAGAUGGAGCUAGGUUAAAUCUAGUACUGGAAAUUAGUUUGUUGAGAUGUUUAUGUGCGUUGAUUUGUUGUUGUCAAAUUACUGCAUCUCGUGCCAGAUUUUGAUACUCUUUUGGCGAGGAAUGAGCUUUUCCAUGGAAUUGUAGAACUUCGAUUUUUUCAUGCUUGAAGCCCACCAAUGUAUUCUGCUUGUAAUCCUGCAGCUGUUAGCUGAUGCAAGGAUAAUAUAUUUUGUAACAAUGGACUUUGAAGGUAGCAAUAAAAUACAGUCAUUCAAACUUGAGAA